ACCGGCCGGUCGCCGGGCGGCGCGGCCGCGCACUCAGUGGCCCGGCCGCCCGUGUUCAGUCGACGCUGUGCUCUGUGCCGCGCUGUCCGGAUCGACCACGCCGCUAGAUAUCCGGAUCUCGCACCGCGACAAACUGACGCUGCUGCUCGUGCCGACGAUGCGGUGGCGCUGGCGCUCCCCGGCCGCGCUGCUGCUGCUCGCCUGCUGGCUGGCUGUGGCCUCGCGGGCCGACCUCGGCAGCCUCAACAGCAGGCUGGAGAACCUGCUGAAGAAGCAGCGACAGAUCGAGGACGCCGUCAGCCGGGGCCGCACGGUCGGACGCGGCCUUAACUUUUUCGAUGUGGCGCGCACCAUAGCAGGGCCCAACUACACCCAGCUGAUGCUGGAGACGAUAGAGGACGUCAACACGCUGGACGAGCUGCAACUCAUGCGGCUCAUCAAGCUAAACCAGGUGCUGACGCCGCCACGUGACACGCUCAUCUACCAGCCCGAGCACGCGUGGAACUCUGCCGAGCCACACGACACCUACAGCCCGCAGCACCUGCGCGGCAUCUUCGACUUCCUCACGCCGGCGCCGCUCGUGAUCCCGCGCAAGUGCAGUUACAGGGGCAGCGAGUACGACUGCGCCGUCAGCGUCAGCUGCGUGUUCCAAGGCAGGCGCGCCAUGGACCUCUGCGACGGCGGCAUGGUCUGGAGCUGCUGCGUGCCGCGCGAAAUGGCCGACAAGGACUACGCGGCUGAGGCCACCGUCACCGGCGCCGAGUGUGGUCAGGUGUACAGCCCCACCAAUCGCAUUGUCGGUGGACACGACUCGUCGUUCGGCUCUCACCCUUGGCAGGCUGCCCUGAUCAAGGAGGGCUUCUUCUCCAAGCGUAUCGCGUGCGGCGGCGCGCUGGUCAACAAACGCUGGGUGGUGACGGCGGCCCACUGCGUCUACCGAGCGGAUCUGUCCAGCAUGAAGAUACGACUGGGAGAGUACAACGUCCGCGAGUAUUCAGAGCGCUACCCUCACGAAGACUUCACCCUGGAACGGAAAGUGAUCCACCCGAAGUACAACCCGUCCGACUUCGAGAACGACGUGUCGCUGGUGAAGCUGAGCAAGGACGUCGUGUUCAAGGAGCACAUCAUCCCAGUGUGCCUGCCAAACCUGGACGAGACGUUCGUCGGCGACACGGCCACCGCCAUCGGCUGGGGACGCACCGCACACGGGAUCGCGUCGACGCCGAACGUGCUGCAGGAGGUGGACGUGGUGGUGAUUGACAAAGAAACGUGUCAGGAGUGGUACCGCGGCGCCGGGCGACGCGAGACCAUCCACGAGGUGUUCCUCUGCGCCGGCUACAAGGACGGUGGCCGAGACAGCUGUCAGGGCGACAGCGGCGGCCCGCUGACGCUGUACAAGGGCGGCCGGAGAACACUGAUCGGCCUGGUCAGCUGGGGCAUCGGCUGCGCACGCGCCGGCCUGCCCGGCGUCUACACAAACAUAGCCAAGUUCAUGGGUUGGAUCAACCAGUACAUCAACACGUAGGCGGGUGUGCGCGCCGCGGGUCCCACCGCGACCGCCGGUGCCAUACCUCGAGUGUCGUGAGGCAGCCUGGCGCGGCCGGCCGCCGACGCGGGCGACAUCUAUACCCGCCGGCCGGAACUACGCCGCCGCCGCCGAGGCGACCGCCGCCCGAUUGCUCGCGCGGCCUUUGGCGGAGGUGCGCGCUGGAGCUCGCGCUGCCCCACUGCCCAGGCGGUGGCUUGCACCGGGCAGGGCUGCGCGGCCGCGGGCACGGACGGGCGAUGAGGCCAGCGCGCCGUGAAUGAUGCUCUUGGCGGGCGUAGUGUUCAGCGGCGGGCGAGCCUGUGGUGCCCGUGAUCUGGCGCGCGGUCCGAGCUGACGUCAGCAGCAGGCCAACAGUCGGUCCGGCCUCGGGCCACGCCACCGAGCUGCCGUUACUUUGUUACAAUGGUGAACGCGCCCGCGGCACCACCUCUCACUUGCCGACGAGGCUGGUUUAUUGUUAUCGAUGGCGACAUUUUGAACUACCUGACCCUUGCUCGGGAGGGGGGGGGGGGGGCAGGAAAGCCCUGUUUAUGCUUUUUGUCUUCGAUCGAUGGCAUGAAUCGGUGCCUUUUGUGUCCACUACGUAAGACGCAAAUCGGCCGGUUCUGCAAACUGCAUCUCGUAAGUCGGCUAGGAUGGAAUGAAUCAUUUCCUGUAGCUGUUUCGCUGUUGUUCUUCCCCGGGGUCAGGAUAAGGACAGAGCUGUGUAUUGGUUGUCGCCUGUGACAGUGCCCUGGCCGCCCGUUCUAGUCCGUGCUGUCAUGACCCGUCACCGCAGAGUUGUGCACUUGUCGAUGCCAGCGACAUCUGUCCACCGUGCUGCGUUAGACUGUGAACGGCUGACCCAUCAGAAGACCGACGCUACAUCGGGCAGUAUGCGCGAUGCUGCCGCACGUCUGAUACCCGAAGUCGAGAGCCAACGGCGCAAUAGUCACUGGCCGGGCUCACCUCCCACACACGGCGAGUUAGGUGCACUCGCUCUACAUUGUGACAGCCUGUGGCCCAGUUUUAUUUGGUGAUGUGUCGACAACAGUGAUAUGCAGCCGUUUCAGGGGCCAGCGGGUGCGGGUAGUCAGACAUUGGCAUCAUAUCCGUCCAAGGGUGCGUCCGACGGGCUGCACUGAGCCGCGGUGCGCUUCGCUCACCGGCACCUGGCGCAGGAGCCGCAGGACCGCGCGCGUUCGGCGCCGUCGCAGGCGCCGGUCACUCCCCGGGCAGCGGGGCACGGCCGACCCCAGCGGCCUCCAUGGAUCGUGGCACUGACGGUUCUGGAGGCCCGGAGCCGGGUCGAAUGUAGCCCCAGCGGUCUCCGUGGAUCGUGGCGCUGAUGGUCCUGGCGGCCCGGAGCCGGGCCCGAUGUAGCCCUAGCGGCCCCCGUGGAUCGCUGAGCUGGUGGUUCUGGCGGCCCGGAGCCGGGCCGGAUGUACGGACGGGUGUAAUCGGGUCGGUGACACGCUCCAGUAGGGACCCUCAGACCGCCCUUAGGACGUUCAGUUGCAGUGGAAAGGAAACGAGAACCCUGACCAGGUACGUUCAUGACCAUUUGAGGCCAGCUGCUAGCGAUGAGCUAAAUAUGGAUGGUGCUGUGUAGCAUAUGCUUUCCUUCACGGCGUUUCUGCCGUGUUUCUGAUAUUUCUGAUCUGUUAGCCCGCUUAAAAACCCGUCUCUACUUUCCUUAGCUGUUCUACUGACAUGGGUCACAGUCGUUUGGAGGUCCUCUCUUGGACCCCAUAUGCUGCUCCGCCUCAAGGUGCGGCGGUCCCCUGGCGUUCAGAGCUGGACGCCGCGCAUGCCAGCGGACCGGCUGGGGGCAGCUAGAGCAGGCGCGCGCGUGGCGUGGUGAUGCGCUUCAAGUUCUUCCCGCAAACUGCAAACGAUAAAGAGGUCGUGACUGACCUGAAUUCUUCGACCCCAAACCCCCAACGAUGUCUCAACUCUGCGACAAAUCCCCUGCCAAUGCACGUGGACAUCAGACAAAGCAAGCAUCGUGAAAGCUGAAGACAUACUCAUUAUUAUACCAGCGUGAGAAAAGAAAACUGCAGCUGCUCGCAUUGCCCCGACAGUGCCUUUGACUCUGAUGGCUGUCUGUACCGUGUUAUUUAUUUCAUGUUGUUCCAUAUGAAAUGACCCCAUUUUAGAGUGAUGCAUGUAAUGUGCCAGUGGCAGUGUAAGUGGCAGCCGGAAGGAAAUUAGGCUACAUAUGAUUCUGGCUACCGUUGUUACAUAUUCAAUAUUUUGCUAUUACCUCUGCAGCGUGACGUGUGUACCACACAAAGCUUUAGAGUCUGUUAUUCGAGAUUGUUAGUUGUUUGUUGCACAUUUAGUGAUAGACAUAAGUGCUGUUUUGUCUUUAGAAGUGCACAUUAAGCGGAAUAAUAUAUGAUGACAUAUUGCA